AUAAAACUGGGUGGCUGAGACUAAUUAUUCAUUGUGUUUACCUACUGGCAAACAAGGUCAAUAAAAUGGCAUUCAAGAUUGUUAUCCUCUGCGCAUUCGCUGUCAUGGUCCAGACCAUUGCUGCUCAGAGAAGUUGUGGCUGCCAAUGCCAAUCAAUCACCCUCUCCAACAAUGGCGGACCGCUUGCUAUCACCGCCGUCGGCCCAAUCACGCCGUCCGGCAUCGCCGUGGCCACGGAGCUGGGGCUUUCCGGCGACCUGGACCUGUCCGGCGCGCUGCCGUACCUGAGCGCAGUGGCGUUCGAGGGCCAGUUCGACACCAGCGGCUCGGCGCCGGUGAGCUAUGGCUGCGGGGACAGCGUCGCCAUCACACAGCAGAUCGGCGGCAUCAGCUCCGGAUACGGCGGUUGUGGAUGCGGUCGCUAAGUUUAACGAUAGAAGAAUAAGUUUUUACGAUAUUUUUACAGAAUAAAAGCUAGAUUUUUU